AUUGCACGCAGUAGUACGCUCACGCAGCGCAGUAAUGACACGCCCGUAGUAAUUCGAUUCGUCGUAAACCAUCGAAUUCAGAGCGAGGCGAAAUUCGCUUCAGCCAGUGCCGCCAUCCUGAGAGUAGCAUCCGUAGUGCCGUACUGCACGUGACGUGAUCUUCCCAAAGCAGUUGGGGUCAUACGCUAGCUGGCGCCAUGAUCGUUUCGCUAAUCAGCCCGAUCGUUUCGUUGCGCACCAGCACAGGUCAACGUGGAAUCCACGUAAAGAGAUUCGCGCUGUAGAGUCCACUGGCCAAUGACCAAUUGCCCGCCAAAUACGGUCACUGCGUGACACGGGGAUUGGACGAGAUGAGCCAACGGUCCUUUCCUCACGCGGCCUCGUGACCACGAUGUGUUUUGUUUUUGAGAAUUCUUAAAAACGUGACCACGAGCCGCUAGACUCAGACCUUUGAGGGUCUGAAGCAGCCUACUGAUUCUGUACCGGCUAUUUUUUAGUAGGCUUAGAUAUGCUACUGACUUACUGACUCGAAAGAUACCCUAGACUUAGACUCUGAAGCUUAGAGGUUCUGAAGCUUAGAGGCUAUUUUUUAGUAGGCUUAGAGGUUCUGAAGCAGCUUACUGACUCAGUACCGGCAAUAUCAUCAUCCCGUGUUCAACCCAUUCGUUGCUUCGGCGCCUGUCCCUUUCGUCAAUUCGUGAUUGGCUGCCUCUCGAAAGCACUCUCUAGGAACGCGUCGCUUCACUGAUUCCUGUUUUCCGCCAUGGCAAUAAAGGUUAAGAAGCGCGCUCCGAUUCGGAAAAGAGUAGGCGGAACGAUCGGUGACGGAUUCAGCGGCGCGUUUGGCGGCGGAAGCAGCACCACGCGGCUUCUACUACUGAUAGGAGGCGCCGCGUUCCUAGUAUGGAUGCUGAACCACAGGUCCUUUCUCAGAGCUCCCCCUUACCCGUUAGAAGCAUCCCUCGGUAACGGCCACAGAAGAGGGGGGAAUUCGUGGGGGACGGGCCCAUGGGGAUCAGGGGAGGGGGGGACGCUGCAGAGCCGUGAUUAUAACGGGAGAGGAGGCUACGGUAGUAGUCGUGACUAUUAUGAAGGAUCAGCGGCGAGAAACUAUGUGGAUCAACGGCCAGGAGGGGAGGGAGGAAAAUUUGGUGCAGGUGGUCAGAUUGGAGGAGCCUCGGGUGGCAGCUUAGGUGGCGAUCCCAGAUUGCUCCACGUGGACCUACCAGGAGCGACAGCUGGCACGUUUGCAGCGAGGGAAGCAGAGGGCAGAGGAGGGAGCCAGGCUUAUAACGAGGACGCGAGGAGUGGAGAAACGGUGGGGAGGGAUGAGAAUGAAGAGCAUCAGCAGCAGGAGUGGCAGUCUGGCCCUGAAGUGGUGGCCAUGCGAAGCAGCCUCAAGAGUACCAGUGGCUAUGACGACAGCACUGACGUCAGCAGCAGUAGCAGUAGUGAUAGUAGUAGCAGCAGCAGCAGCAGUAGCAGCAGCUCCAGCACUGGCCGCUCAGCAUCAUCAUCACCCAACCCUCCAAAACCGGCCAAACCCCGAGCCUCGCAGCCAGGUUCGGCGGCGGCGCGGUGGGGGCCAAUCAACGGCAGCUUCGUGCUGUCGUGGAUCCCGCCCUCCAAGGCUCGGCUGCAGACCAACAUCUCCCAACCGGAGCUCUACCCGGUCCUCUUAGACGCGAUCCGUUACAACGAAGAGGCACAAUUAAGUGCCUCCAAAGCCGGCCUAGAGCCCCCCAAGGCGUCCAGGGGCCCUCCCUGCCCCGUGUUUGAGUUCGGGUUUGAGCGGUUUCCAGGCAUCGGGUCGUGCUGGGAGGAGGGGAUUGCGGACGAGAGAAGGGCGGCGACCAAACCGCCUGUGAACUGCAAGGGCGUGGACCUGGCGUGCAUACAGAAGAACGACCUGCUACCCCACAACAAGUGGUCCGCUCAGGUGCUGGUGCUGAGGAAUGUCUACAUCAACGUGGCAGGUCAAGUCUUCAACAGCACCCACAUCUUCGACCACAACGCAUGUGCCGGCAGCCCCAACAUCACCGUCUCUCUCCCCUUCCGCUACACCGCCAACAAGACCCGCGUCACGCGCUUCCGAGAGCUCGUCUCCGUGGUGGACUGGUUCGCGUGGUCCACGCGCGCCAUGCUGCUGGACCUCAUCCCACUGUUCGUGUCGCUGCAGCGCGUGCUGCCCGCCAUGAGGGGCGUGCCGGUGGCGGUGGGGCAUCGAAGGCCCCAUGUGCGGCACGCGAUGGAGCAGCUCAAGACGCUGGGGGCCGUGGAGGUGCUGGGGGUGGAGAUUGACAGGAUGAACGUGCAUGUCAUCAAGGCCAAUGAGCUCUUCUACGCGGAGAAGCUCGUUCUGCCUCUGCACCAGCGGUGCGGGGAGCCCAGUCGCUCUCUCUGGCACUAUCUGCGCAUGAGACACCUGCUGCCGCCCGGGGGGCUGCCCAUCUUCAAUGCGGAUUGGACGUCCAGGUUCAUAGGAUCUUCCACCCCGCCCUACACACCUCACUCGUACGCCCCUGGCAGCAACUGGGUGGUCCUCCUCGGGUGGAAGGAGCAGCGCGCCUCUCUUUUACAGAGCCUCAAGAUCCACGAGCACCUCACCCGCCUCUUCCCCCCCGAGCGCGUCGUCAUCUACCGCGAGGGCUCCAUCUCCCUCCCGCGCCGCAAGGACCUCCUCAACCGCGCGCUCUUCAUGGUAUCAGUGCACGAUAAUAUCCUGGCCGAUAUUGUCUUCAUGCCGCCUGGCACGGCUGUGCUUGAGAUCCGCCCAGUGGAGAAUCCGGAUGUGGUUUUUCACCAGCUGGCGGAUGUGUGCGAGAUCGAGUAUUAUUUGGCGUUUUGUGAGGGGGGGAAGGCGGUGGGAAGUGCGGCAGGCGGGUGGGCGGGGAAGCCGAUUGAAGGGGCUCUGGUUGCGAAGGAUCCCAAGGGCGUGCAGAAGAUUUUAACGGAUAUUUCUAGGAAGGUAUUUGCGCGAGCUAAUGCGAUGAGACGCAAGGGAGGAUAGGGCAGGUCACUGCACUUGACUCAAGUCAAGUGGUCCAAGUGUGGGGUAUGGUGGUUGGCUUGGCUUACCCGUACCUUAGGUAGGUGGUGCAGGUGGGGGCCCAUAUGCCCGAAACAGGGCUUCAGAAGUCGGGACAAAAUGCCCUGAAGUCUGUAUAGCAGGGUGUUUUUUUAGGGUCGUCCUAAUUUUCCAGCUUUUGAUUUUCCCUAGGCCUGAUUUUUAGGGGUUCUCAUUUGAGCAGGCCUGAAAUAUUGUAUGUUCUUGUUUUGGUCACCCUGAAUCAUCAGCCUUUUCCAGCC